AUGAGGACUCACACGGGAGAGAAACCCUACAAGUGCAAGGAAUGUUCAUAUUCUUGUGCUCAGAAAGGUAAUCUCACAUUACAUAUGAGGACUCACUCAGGAGAGAAACCCUACAAAUGCAAGGAAUGUUCAUUUUGUAGUGCUAAGAAAAGUGAUCUCAAGAGACAUAUGAGGACUCACACGGGAGAAAAACCCUACAAGUGUAAGGAAUGUUCAUAUUGUAGUGCUCAGGAAUGUGAUCUCAAGAAACAUAUGAGGACUCACACGGGAGAGAAACCCUACAAGUGUAAUGAAUGUUCAUAUACUUUCUCUGUUAAAUCAAGUCUUGUCAGACACCAACGUACUCACACGGGAGAGAAACUCUACAGGUUUGGCAAAGAAAAUACUUCUUCUGUUGGGAAAGCUUUUAAAUGUGACGAUUGUUCUUAUACCUGUACUGAGAACAGUGAUCUUGUGAAACAUUUGGGUAUUCACACGGGAGAGAAACCCUACAAGUGUAAGGAAUGUUCAUUUUGUAGUGCUAAGAAAAGUGAUCUCAAGAGACAUAUGAGGACUCACACGGGAGAGAAACCCUACAAGUGCAAGGAAUGUUCAUAUUCUAGUGCUCAGAAAGGUAAUCUCACAUUACAUAUGAGGACUCACUCAGGAGAGAAACCCUACAAAUGCAAGGAAUGUUCAUUUUGUAGUGCUAAGAAAAGUGAUCUCAAGAGACAUAUGAGGACUCACACGGGAGAAAAACCCUACAAGUGUAAGGAAUGUUCAUAUUGUAGUGCUCAGGAAUGUGAUCUCAAGAAACAUAUGAGGACUCACACGGGAGAGAAACCCUACAAGUGUAAUGAAUGUUCAUAUACUUUCUCUGUUAAAUCAAGUCUUGUCAGACACCAACGUACUCACACGGGAGAGAAACUCUAAAAUUGCCAGGAAUGUUCUCAUAUAACAACUUUUAUACUUGUUCUGAUCAGUCACACUUUAUUAGAUACCAGCGUAU